AUGGAUAAAAAUCAAAACCAAAUAUUAAUCGGUUUAGAAAUUCAUAUUACUCUCAAAAGAUAUUUAGGAACUUUGCCAACUAUUAAUCCAGAGUGUAUUGAACUAGCAAUUAAAUUAGCCUUGGCUUUACAAGCAAAAAUUAGCCCAUUAAUUAUUUUCGACCGCAAAAUUUACCAUUAUUAUGAUUUGCCUAAGGGAUACCAAAUUACUCAAUAUCGUCAACCAUUAGCGAAUUCUGGUUAUUUGCCGUUAAUUACCCCUAGCGGCAUUAUAAAUAUCCCUUUAAGGAACUUACAAUUAGAAGAAGAUACUGCUAAAUCAUUUUACACUCAGGAAAGCAUUGAACUAGAUUUUAAUCGAGCCGGUAAUCCAUUAAUUGAAUUAGUUACUGAACCGGUUUUUCAUAAUUCAGAAGAAACAAUCCUUUUUUUGCGGCAGUUACAAAACCUUUUGCGUUAUUUAGAUAUCUCCGAAGCCAAAAUGGAAAAAGGACAAUUACGAGUUGAUUUAAAUUUCUCUUUAAAUUUAGCAGAUAAUUACCAAACUCCUCGUUAUGAAGUGAAAAAUCUUAAUUCUUUUAAUGCUAUUGAAAGAGUCCUAAAAUACGAAAUUGACAAGCACCAGCAAUUAUGA